GAUCACCGUACAGCACCGCAUAAGCUGCUCUUGCUGUGGCCGAGCAUCAAGCCUCUGUUGAAACGCGCUGGUGUCAAGCACAAUGAUGGCUACGUUAUGGAAGCCGAAGAUCGUGGCAUUCUUCGACUCUGGACUCGCGGCGAAGGCAUUGACGAGCACGACGGAACAGCGCCUGGCGUGCCAGCAAGUCCUGCUAGAAGUGACGACAGUUCUGAGGCUGGCAAUGCCACCACACCACAGCCCGAAGGCAUUUGGGGUGCCGGUUUCCCAUCUACGCCGAGUAGCGACAGCUCAAGAUCAGAAGUGACAGGCGCGGGCGGCCUCAAGUCGAAUGGUGACAUUGACUUGGAUGCUGCCACGAUCAAUGCCCUUUACGAAAGCUAUAUGAGCAACAUACACAUCAUGCAUCCGUUCAUCGACAAGCGAAGGCUGAGAAAGAUGCUCGAUCACUUCAUUAACCGAUACAGCAGGCCAGGAAAGGUACGGGCAGCCGCGUUUGCGGUCGGCCCGAACUCAGGCUUGGACUCCGACGGUCGGGGUGUCAAGAGACAGAAAUCGAACGAUGGCUCGUCCGUGAACGCGGAUGCACAAGUCCGCAAAGAGCCCACCGAGCGGUCACCUGGAAACGCCAUCAUAUACCUCGUGCUUGCAUUGGGCAAGAUAUGCGCUUGGAAACAACCUCUGCCGUCCAUCGUCGCCGACAGCAAACUCAGAGCAAACGCUCACGUCUCGUACGGCAUCGCAGAGUCACGAGGGUUUGCGGGAAGCUCGCCAUUGUCCGCCAACAUGAGGCCCUCUCCAAUGUCGCCGAACUUCACUCCCAAGCCCCAGCCAACCCCUCCCACCGAGUCUCGUAGCCGUCGCUCAUCCGUGGAGGGCGCGUCAAGCUUUCAUACUGGACGUCGCAAUCUUGAUGUCAUACCUGGCAUCGCUUACUAUGCGAAAGCCGCCGAGAUUCUGGGCGAACAAGGCGAUGGCAAUGAUCUGGUACACGCGCAGAUGUUCUUGCUAGCCGGACUGUACAAAGGCCAGCUAGCGCGGGUGAAAGAGAGCAUGAGCUGGUUCAGCAUGGCGGGCCGUGCUCUGUGUGCGCUCCUUGACCGCUACAAAUUGUGGAACUCCCAAUACUGGUCAGAAUACGAUGUCCUUAUUGUCAUAGCUUCUUGGUCAUGUCUACAGCUGGAAACAGACAUCCUUGCGGAGAUGAAUCUACCCAGGAGUCAGAUCAAAGACCUAGAAGAUCAGCUUCUGAUGCCUGGCGGCAGAGUCGAGGAUGAGUACGGAGAACUCGAGCAUGCGGGCUCCCGUGAGGCUCAAAAGGAGGCUCAAAGAAAGAUCGAGACCUACUUCACCGCUCAGAUCUGGCUCCGAAAGAGAUUGAACAAGGUCCAUCUCGAAAUGUACGGCCCGGAAUGCCUCGAUCAGCCUUUGGACAUGGUUCAAGAAAUGUUUCGAUAUCAUCAAACCUUUCUGGAGGCCUGGAGAAAGAAUUUGCCUGAUGAGUACCAGUGGCAUGACGAUGAUCAACCACCAAGCGAUAUCCUCGAUGCGCGCUUGCGAGCUAAGUACUGGGGAGCGCGAUACGUCAGCAGCCGGCCCUUCCUCGACUACGCACUCCACAUCAUGCCAGGCUUGGAACUGGGCAAGAAGCUCGAGGACAUUGCGACAGAUGCCGAUGGCAAUCGUCGCCACAAGGCGGACGUGCAUCUCUUCAGGGCCAUUAACGGCAUGGGCCAUGACCACAUCUGGGCAGCAGCGCGACGGUGCGUCGAGGCGGCUAUACAUAGUACCGUGGCCUUUGACAACGUGCCGCCCCGACUGAUUGUUACUAACAUUCACGGCACCGCACACGCUCAAUUCGGCAACAUGCUCGUCCUUUCCGCCACAUACGAAAGCCAAUAUCUCACGCAACUCGUCCCCCGCGAAAAGUUCCAGUACCUGAUGGCGCGGACGAUCAAGUUCCUCCGCGGCCUCGCGCCCAUUUCCGAAACGUGCAAAUUGGACUGUGGGAUCCUGGAGAAAUUCAACAAGACCAUCUUUGGAAUCGAGGAUCACGACAUGCAAGAGGUCUAUCGCAACGAAGGCGUUGAAAGCGAGGAGGUGCACAAGACCGAGUCGGUGGGCAGUGGGAAUAAUUCGUUCUCGAUGCAGAGCUGAUCGUCUUGAGUCGCCAUGACACGAUCCGAUUCGUGCCCUCUGACCGUUCCAGGCAAGAUCCAACUCCUCUGGUUCACAUACCGACCUCUUCAUCGAUCCCUGGGCGAGCCACCCACACACACCACAUCUGCAUUCACAUUCUCGGUUUUGUUGACUACUUGUAAAUUUUGCGAAGCACUUUCAUCUGUUUUAUCAUUUGGUGGUUUCUGUCCUCAGCGAAUAUACCAGGCUAUUUUACGGGCCACUGUUGGGGCGGGAGUGUCUGUUUUGUCGUUUCAUUGUUGUUCAAAGAGCCGGGAAGACCGCG